AUGUCCGCUCCUGAGCAUGGAAUUGCCUCUCAGGGCGGUGAUUUCGACUUGUACAACAACGAAUUGGGGAAUGGAACGUAUGAUCUUUUUGGGAAUGCUGGUCCAAAUUCUGGUCUGACGAGGAAGAACAAAGCCACCGACGUUCCAGAACGGAGUGAUGGAAUUGAGAAUAAGGCAGGAAGGCCUUCAUGGGCGGUCUCCUCUGCUGGUGAUGCUCCUCCCAUCAGGACUGAGGCUGUAUCAGUAAAAGCUCAGGGAGAAAGUAUCUUUUUGGGAAAGAUAUUGGAGGUUUUCCCCGACAUCUCUCACGAGUAUGUCAAGAAUCUGUACGAAAAGCACAACGUGAAUCUUGGUCCAGGACAGGACGUGACCCACAUCAUUGAGCCGGCAGUCGAUCAGAUCCUGGCCGAUGGUACUUAUCCGAAACAGAAGAAUCGGAAAAGGAAGAGGGAACCCGCAGACUCUGAGUCAGACUCCGAGGAGAUCACGAAGUCUCGAAAUGUCGAAGGGUAUUCUAUGCUAGCGGUCAAGGCACUUGCGUGGGAAUUCCGUUUUGUGCCAAUCCCGGCUAUCCGAACCCUGUUCCAUGAACAUAAGACACUUUUUGCUACCUAUGAGGCUCUUUAUCGACUGGAAAACUCCGACGGAAAUAGAGACCGUCUACCGUAUGAGCCGCUAAGACGCCCGCGGCAAUACAAAGGAUUAUGGGAAUGGCGACAGAUAGAACCAGAACUCGAAAAGGCUAGGAAAGUUGUUGCCAAAGCAGAAGUAGAUAAAAAGAGACUUCAGAAACAAAUAGAGGCGGCUGAAAGGUACAACGAAGAAGAACAUGCAAAGGCUGGAGCUCUUGUCGAAUGCCAAUGCUGUUUCAGUGAGGUGCCGGCAAAUCGCAUGAUUCCAUGUGAAGGGGAGCGCAUGCACUUCUUCUGCUACACGUGUGUCAAAACUAGCGCCGAGACUCAAAUUGGUCUCAUGAAAUACGAAAUGAAGUGUUUCGAUGUCAGUGGUUGUCAGGCCGGCUUCGACCGGAAACUGCUGAAACUCGCCGUCGGCGAGGCGGUCAUGGAGAAACUGGAGUCCCUCCAGCAGCUGGAUGAGAUCGCAAAGGCUGGCCUGGAGGGGCUCGAGGAGUGCGCUUUUUGCAAUUACAAGGCAGUGUGUCCACCCGUCGAGGUUGAUCGGGAGUUUCGGUGUCUGAACCCCGACUGCGAAAAGGUUAGUUGCCGGCUUUGCAAGGACGAGACGCAUAUUCCGAAAUCCUGUGAGGAAGCCAAGAAGGAAAAAGGCGUCACAGAACGCCAUGCGGUUGAAGAAGCCAUGAGUGAAGCUUUGAUUCGGACCUGUCCUCGCUGCAAGAUAAAUAUCAUUAAGGAGAACGGAUGUAACAAAUUGCAGUGCGUCAAAUGUCACUGCUUGAUAUGCGAUGUCUGCAAGAAAGACAUCACCCGGGAGGGCUACAAUCACUUCACCAGAAGUGGAUGUCCCCUCCAUGAGAACGACCAAGGCGUCCGGCGUCAGAAGGAGGAAGUUAAGCGCGCUGAACAGGCCGCCAUUGAGAAAAUCAUGGCCGAAAACUCGCAUCUGGACCGCGACGCACUUCGUGUCAAGGUCCCAGAGCCGAAGAACGACGAGGUAACGCGCAACAGGACCGCCCAGCAGAAUAUGCGCCCCGCCGCUCGUCCUCCCAUGCCUGCGGCCAUGAAUGGCGCUCAUCCACAACGUCCGCCUGCUUACCCUCUACCGGCGUAUCCAGUGCGUUUCCCGCAAAUCCCUCCCGGCCCUGGGCUCCCUCUUGGGAUAGGGCCGCACAUAGUGGGUAAUGGAGCUGAUCCUUUUCCUGCCCCUGCCCAGCUGGGUCCAGGAUUUCUUCCUGGGCCUCGUCCUUACUAUCCUAACAGGUAUGGUGGGUUCGGUCAUGAUCUUCCUCCUGGCCAUGCUUUUGUCCCCGGUCAGCCUGGGCCUCUACCUAACCAACUUCCCCGUGCUGGAGUUACCUGGAAGAUUCCUGCACCUGCUGGUACGAAUGGUCCUUCUAGGAGGCAGAAUAGUCGCUAUCAGCAUUAG